AUGGCUCUCAGUUGGCUGGUCCUGGUGAUCUCAGUGCAAGCUUUUAGUGUUCAAGCAAAACUGUUUGAAAUACCAGAAAACAAAAAAGAUUUGGUUAGAGAAUUAAAUCAAAAACUUUUAAUGGUAACACAUGAUAAAGAGGCCAAUCCCAGUGUGCAUAUUGGACUUCGUCUUUCCGAAGAGCACAAUCUGGAAAAAGAAAAUGAAUACUUUCAAAAACUGAAGCCUGCGGAUCUUUGUAGCAGCAGCUUGAAUACCAAGGAUGUUGAGCCAAAGACAGGACUAAUCGCUCUUCACUUGAUGGCCAGAAGGCUUCCUGUGACAACACACACAGAAUCAAGUUAAUCACAUGUCUGAAACAUCAUCUCCUCAAAGAAAAAGAAAGUUUAGUGCUAUAUGACAAACCAUUAACCAGCUAUUAUCAAUACAGCCUUGGUAUUCUGGCUUUGUGUGUUAAUGAUAAGUUAAUUGAUAAACAUUUUAUCAACAAGAUCACCCGUGCUGAAGAAAAGAAUCAGUUUAUCCAUGGAAAAACCAUCUCUAUAGACACAGAAGCCAUGGCUGGUUUAGCGCUCUUAUGUUUAAAGAAUUCCAACAAGUAUCCACGCGAAGAGGUUGUCUAUAUGAAGAAGGCCAUAAGAAGUAUUAAAGACAAAAUUUUGACCUCACAGGGCACUGAUGGGCAAUUAGGAAACAUCUAUAGCACACCUCUUGCUGUACAGUUUCUCUUAGCACUUGGUGGUCAAAGCGGCAAAGAACCUUGUUCCAAAGCAAUAAGAGCCUUGUUGGAAGCAGUGGUCCAAGGGAAGUUCUCCAAUCCAAUGAUGAUGUCCCAGUUAUUACCUGUGCUCCACCAGAAGACCUACCUAAAUUUGGCAAAUAUAAAGUGUGACACAGUCGCAAAUAAGCCAUUGUCAAUCCCUACCACUUUUCCUGACCUUCAUGAAGUUGCCAUUGCUGAAAAGCCAAUUCAUGUUCGACUAGUAGUGGAAGAUCAUAAUUUUGAAGAAGUCAUUGAGGUCCCUUCACAAUCAUCACUUCUGGAUGUCCUCAACACUGCACAGGCGAAUUCACAUUUUUCAUUUGAAACUAAAAGUUCCCUGUAUGGUCCUUACCUGACAGCCGUCAACAAUGUAGUAGGCCAUUGGCAGCUUCUUAAGGAUUCUGAUAUUUCUUUGUUAGAAGGGCAUUGCUGACUACAAGCCUGCAGACAGGGAGAAGAUCAUCCUGCGUCUUAGCUCAAAAUAA